UUGACCAUUAUGUCACAGAGCUCUCCAGUUGGACCGCCCCAUAAGGAGCUAACCACCUAAGAGUGCCUACUCUUGCCCUCAAUGUUCUCCAUAGGGCAUUCAAUGAUGUUAUCAGGAAAGACAUCCAGCAAAUAGUAAGAAAAAGAUCUUUCAUUCUGAUACUGCUUCUUCCUUUGGUUUUGGUCAGGUUUCCCAACACCCUAUCUCUUGUUUUAUUAUGAAAGAUGUACAGACUUCAAACCAAAAGGGCAAAAGCUGCUGCUGGGCAGAUGUGGACUUCAAAUCUCUCCAAGAUCAGACGAUCUCUUAAAAAUGUUUACCAUAAAUAUAAGAACCAGCACCCAGAUUCAACUAGAGAUCCAACCUCGACUUCCUAUGAUUGUGAUAAAGAUGACAUCACUACUGAUGAAGAAAUGAGUCUUAGAGCAAUGCUCCAAUAUAUUAAAACUGCCCAAAUUGAUCUCGUCAGCCAACUGACUGACAUUGUCAGUGUAGUAUCCAAAAUCCAGGAAAAGAUUGACUUUUAUCAGAAGCAGAUAGAUAUCCUGGAAACCAGAAUGAAUAUUAAUGAAGACAAACAAGGCACAAUAACUAAAGAUAUCUUCUCAAUGAAAAAGGACAUCAAUGCUUUAAAGAAGAAGGUGACAGAACUAGAAAACCAGAAUUCUUGCUCCACCAUACAUUGUUUAGAAGUUCCAGAAGGAGAGAGGGGUAAAGAGAUCAUAGAACAACUUCACAAACUCAUACAACCAGAAACUCUGAAGAACACCUUGGCUUCUACAGACUAUGGAAUCUCUUCAGCAGAACCAGAAAACGUGCCCAGUUAUCCUGAGCUCACUGAUCAUCUUGAGGAGAAAACAAUUUCCCCCAAAGUUAAAACUCUGGGAAAAAAUAACCAUCAAAAUGCAUUAAGAAGCUUUAAGAAAGCAAAGUCAAAUAUUUAUAUUUACCCAGACUUUAGUACAUGGAUCAAGCUAACUUUUGUCCAUGGAGGAAAGUGGAGAUUUUUCCUCAGUGCUACAGAGUUAGAAGAAUUCAUCCAAUGGCUUCUUUCUAGGCCAGCCAUCUCUCCUGAGGAACCACAACUUGUAACCCAGAGAUAUUGUCCAUUCACUGGGCUUAUUUCAAGUUUAACUACAUUCUGUCUCUCUGUUUUAAACUAUAUUUACUGUUUUUUUGGUUCCUCAAAAGAAGAAAUAACUCGACUAUAGAGUUAUUUUCUGCUUUGUUUGGUACAAAAUAAAUGUAAACUGGUUGUUCCAAGCAUUGACA